AUGAACGCGAAUCAUUACACCGCGAUGGCCAUGACGGGCAGCGGUCCCAAGUGGGACAAGGUCUGCCGGUUGUGCUCGGAGGAGAGGAACGAGAUGUUACCCAUCUUCGGCGACGAGGGACUCCAGCGCAGAGUCGCACAAAAGCUACGCGCUUGCCUGCCCGUGCUCGUGUACAGGACCGAUCCGCUGCCGAAGCAGAUCUGCCAGUUCUGCGCGGCUCGUCUUGACGACGCGUACGAGUUCCGAGAGUUCUGCCUAAACGUCUACAGGGACAUGUACGCCGUACUGCUGAGGUACAAGCAGACGGAGUCCGUCCAGAUAUUUCUCGAUGCGAUGAGAAACUCGUCGGAUCCAUGUCAGGUGCAACUCUGCAAGGAAAAGUCUAGAGCUCCGCCACCGUUAGUUCCUUUAUCGGCUGCUCUGUCCUUCGACGACUCGGCGCCGCUCAUGAAUCAAGUUAAUCAGGAUCAUAUUCAGAACGCUUGCAUGGAAACUCUGUCUGAAUUGCCAUGUGAGGUGGAAAUUAAGGAGAUGAACAUGGACCCCAUCUUGAGCAUUGAAACUGCCGUUCACGAACCAUUGAAUAAGAAACGCAAACUGUCGGAUAUGUGUUUUAGCAUGGAUAUGCAAAUGAAAACAGAGCUCUUUUCCACACCCGAUGUGGAAGGAGCAAGAGGAGCACCUAGAUUGGACUAUCAAUCCAAAAAAGAGGAGAAACGUACCAGUAUUUUGGAGCAAGUAUUGACCGGCAGUUUAACAAUGAACAAUCAUCAGAAGUUACAAUCCAGAACAAAGUUGACUUCCGAAUGGUGGUGUGCACCCUGCAACAGUUAUUAUAAAUCAAAGGACAUUCUCAUGAAACACAUGCAGCUGCACUGCCCACGUGUUUAUACCUGUAGAAAGUGCUCUGCGUCUUUUGAAUCUGUCGAGAUCCUAGCGAGACACGAAGCUACUAACCAUUUGAAAGUCAAGUUAGAUAUCACGGAAAACUUGAAUGACUGUGAUCAGUGUGACCGGCAGUUUCUAAGCUGGGAAAUGCUGAAGCAACACAGAUUGCGCGAUCAUCUAGCCAAGUUAACCGAGAUUGGAAGUAAUACGUGGUGUUCAUUGUGCAAUAGAUUCUUUCCUACAAUAGAAUCUUAUCAACAACACAUCCAGUUACAUCAGACGAGUUUGACGCAGAAAUUACCAUCUUCGGAAUCCGUAGUAGCAAAAAUAGCAGAGCGACCAAGAGAGUUAGUUAAACGAGACGAACAAUUUUACGAAAAUGCGAAACUUCUUGAGUGUCCCACUUGCGGAAAAAUUUGUACUCAGCAGAGUGCAUUAUCGAAUCAUAUGCGCACUCAUGAACCAAAAAAACACAAAUGCGACAUUUGCGGCAAAUCAUUCGGACUUGUUAUACGCUUAGCUGCACACAGAAUAGCCGAACAUAAUGAACAGCCAAUGAUGUCACCAAUCUUGUCGGCAGUCGAGCAAGAGGAGGCCUUAAAUGCUGAGAGAGAAGCGAGAGAAGCUAAAGCUCGCAGUGCCAAGAAACCUUACCCUGAGAUAAUAGAAAAGAAUGAUGUUCCGAUAGAUGACGAAUCCCUAAAACGCAUUUCAAGUGGGCAUAAAAAUGUGGCGAGAUGUGGCAUUUGUUUACAAUGGUUUAACGACCACACGACGAUGUUAACGCAUCUCGAGACGCACUCGGACAAUUCUCACAAAAAUUACACAUGUCAUAUAUGUAAAAAAGCGUUUAAGGAACAUUCACAGUUGUUAAGGCACGAGGCUUGUCAUAAACGCCUAACGCUCGAUAAUGCCUCACUGUACACAUCCGCUGUUUCCAACAACAAAUCAUUCAUGGAUAAGGCGCAUCAAAAGACGCACACAGUGGAUAAAACUUAUCACUGUGCGAAGUGUAAUAAAAUCUUUUUCAAAGAAAUAUCGCUACUCGCCCAUCAAUGCACGGGUGGAGUACUGGUUGGAAAGAAAGCCGAAAAGAAGUCACAGAAGGCGUCGCCUCAAGUCGAGAACAAAAUAUACAAGUGCUCCAAGUGUGACGCAACUUUCGCGAGCUCGCAGUCACGAAACGCUCACAUGAAAAUGCACGCCGAGUACAUGCGCGGCAAUAUGACGCAAACACGUGAAAUUAAAGUCGAAGCGGAUGACGAACCAAUGCCAAAAUUGCGUCCGGAAACACUGCUGGAAUACAAUGUGUCUCCUAUCGAGCCAAAGAUCGAAAUUAAGGAACAGAGUACACCUCCGCCCGUCAAACGGACUCUUGUUAAAACCUCUAGCGGAUAUCGGUGCGGCGUAUGCCAAUCACCGUUCGUGUCGAGAGAAUUAGCCAUAGCGCAUUUGAGAUCUGCACAUCCCGUGAUACCAUAUCAGUGCCCUUAUUGCAAGAAACGCUUUACAACGCAGUACUUGUUUACUCAUCAUAUCAAGACAGAACAUCCCAACGAACCCGAGAAAUAAAAAACGUUUGGAUCACGAUAAAGGAAGUAAAAAUUAUAUCACAGCAUGUGCCUCGUAUUGUGUGUAUGAGGAAGUGUGAAAGAGAGAGAGAGAGACAGACUUCUGUUUACAUAUUGUAUAGAGUAAAACGAAUGAAGCGUGUAUGUGUAUAUAUAUGUAUGUGAUAUGUGUGUGUAUAUAUAUGUGUGUAUAUAUAUAUAUAUAUAUAUAUAUAUAUAUAUAUAUAUAUGUACAUACAGCGUGUCGAUUUCUGGCUACUAAUUGAUCUUGAGAAUUUUUCUAUUGCAUAAUUAUAGACAUACAACGUUGAAGUGUUUGUUACACGAGGCUAUUGAAAUUAGUACUUACACUGAACGUGCCUGUACAAGUGCUUUGUUUUACAACAAUUAUUCGAACAAUCCGUAACAGAUUUUACUCUCGUAAAAUCUUGCUUGGGGAAAAGCGGUCCUAGAGCGACGAUCAAGUGGAUCUCGAGCGCGAAAAUCGAAACAUUCGGUCACGCGAAUUUUAUCGGUGACUAGCGGCGAUAGAAAUUUGCGCAAUUUGUAUUAUAUGAUUUAUAUAUUUUAGAUUGUACAUUUUCACUCGCGACGCGCGUUAAAUGUAGUUACGAUAAAUAUAUCAGGAGUCCUAUAAAAAUCUCAAUUAUUAAUCACCUUAGGAACAUUCUCCAGAUUUAUUCACUACGAGUGACGUGUUCGAUUUUAUAGUACUGUUGUACGUUAUCUUGUGUUUUUAUGGCACUUCGAUAUCUAACAGUACGAUAUUACGGAGAAGAUAUCGAAGAUUCCAAGAUGUUUAAUUUGCGUUAAGGAAUACAUUCCCUUUUAAGCAACGUUUUCAUGCAUCCGUGAUGACGGAUUUCAUGUCACAAUUGCACCGUUGUAAUCGCGAUACAAUACAAAAGUUUCUUUUCGAAAGAUACCGAGGAGCGUCAUCAUCGCGAUGAAUCAGACGUUUCUGGUCGACAGCGAUGCCGCGUAAUUUAAGUGUACGAUCUUUAUAAGUUUAUUUUAUAUAUACCUGAUUUACAAUAAACUAUUACUGAAAAUUUUACAGA